CCGCUAUGCAAUACAAAUAGGUGAAAAAAUGAUAGAUUAUAAUGAAGAAUUCCGUCUUUUUCUAUCAACAAGGAACCCAAAUCCCCUCAUCCCACCUGAUGCUUCUUCUAUUGUUAUGGAAGUCAAUUUUACUACAACAGGAAGUGGCUUAAGAGGACAGCUUUUGGCUUUAACCAUUCAGCAUGAAAAGCCUGAUUUGGAAGAGCAAAAGACAAAGCUGUUACAACAAGAAGAAGAAAAGAAGAUACAGCUAGCUAAGCUGGAGGAAUCUCUUUUGGAGACACUUGCAACAUCACAAGGCAAUAUACUAGAAAAUAAAGAUCUGAUUGAAUCUUUGAAUCAGACUAAAGCAAGUAGUGCACUCAUCCAAGAAUCGCUUGCUGAAUCUCAUAGACUUCAGAGUUCCCUUGAUCAGGAGAGGAAUGCAUAUCUCCCUUUAGCUGAGAGUGCUAGCAAGAUGUACUUUAUUAUCUCUGACUUGUCCAAAAUUAAUAAUAUGUACCGUUUUAGUUUGGCGGCGUUCCUACGGCUUUUCCAAAGAGCACUGCAAAGUGAACAGGAUUCAAGCAAUACUGAUGAAAGAAUCGAGUCACUUAUUUACACAUUGAAACAUACAGUGUAUGAAUAUGUUUGCCGUUGUUUGUUUAAGGCUGAUCAGUUAAUGUUUGCUCUACAUUUUGUACGAGGAAUGCACCCUGAACUCUUUCAAGAGAAUGAAUGGGAGACUUUUACAGGUGUGAUCAUUGGAGAUCCCGUAAGAAAAUCAAUGAUAAUUCCACUCCUAAAAUAUGUUAGAGGAGAACAUCUUUCUCCAGACCACUGGCUCGAUCUCUUUCGUCUUCUGGGUCUUCCCCGGGGCACUACUCUUCAGGGUUUGCUAUUUGGAGAUCUGCUUAAAGUGACUGAUGCCAUUAUAGAAAAAGCCACAGAACUUAAGGAUUUGAAUUGUCGGGCUCAAGGUGAGGUUACAAUCAGAGAAGCAUUACGUGAACUUGAACUCUGGGGAGUUGGGGCUGUCUUUACAUUAACAGAUUAUGAAGAUAGCCAAGGCAAGACUGUCAUGCUUAUUAAAGACUGGAAAGACAUUGUCAACCAAGUUGGAGAUCAUCGCUGUCUUCUACAGUCCCUCAGAGACUCUCCGUAUUACAAAGGUUUUGAAGAUAAAGUGUCCAUUUGGGAAAAAAAACUUGCUGAGUUGGAUGAGUUUUUGCAAAAUUUAAACCUAAUACAGAGGAAAUGGGUCUAUUUAGAACCCAUAUUUGGCCGUGGAGCUCUGCCCAAAGAUCAUGCACGGUUUACCAGAGUUGAUGAAGAUUUUAGAUCUGUUUUGUCGGAUAUCAAAAGGGAUAAUAGAAUAACUUCACUGAAUGCCCGGGCAGGAACAAGAAAUACCUUAAUUGCCAUACUUGAUCAGCUUCAGAGAUGUCAGAGGUCUUUGAAUGAGUUUUUAGAGGAAAAGCGCUCAGCAUUUCCAAGAUUCUAUUUCAUUGGAGAUGAUGACUUAUUAGAAAUUUUAGGACAAUCCACAAAUCCUUCGGUUAUCCAGACUCAUCUUAAGAAACUUUUUGCUGGCAUUCAUAGUGUGAGCUUUGAUGAAGAAUUUAAACACAUAGUUGCCAUGAAGUCAGUAGAAGGAGAAACUGUGCCACUUAGGAAUAAAGUUCUUCUGUCCAAUGAUGUGGAGGUGUGGCUAAACAGUCUGGCUUUGGAGAUGAAGGAAACUCUGAAGAAGAUGUUAAUUGAUUGUGUUGAUGCUGGAAAAAAAUCAGAAGGUUCCAUCAAUCCACUGCUGUUUCCUUCCCAGAUUCUUUCCUUGGCAGAACAAAUUCAGUUCACCAAAGAUGUUGAAAAUGCUAUCAAAAACCAUAACCUGCAACAGUUAGAAUUAGAACUGAUGGCUAAACUGGAACAUUACACUAGCAUUGAUACUAGUAUGGAAGAUACUGGCAGUACAGAAUCAGGAAUUCUUGAGCUCAAGCUUAAAGCUUUGAUUCUUGAUAUUAUUCAUAACAUUGAUUUGGUGAAGCAGCUAAAUCAAGCUCAGAUUCACAGUGCUGAAGACUGGGCUUGGAAGAAACAGUUGAGAUUUUAUAUGAAAGACCAAAAAUGUUAUGUUCAGAUGGUAGAUGCUGAACUUCAGUACACUUAUGAAUAUCAGGGUAAUUCCCCUAAACUUGUUUAUACACCUUUGACAGAUAAGUGUUACCUAACUCUUACUCAGGCUAUGAAGAUGGGCCUUGGAGGAAAUCCCUAUGGUCCAGCUGGCACUGGCAAGACUGAAUCAGUAAAGGCCUUAGGUGGACUUCUUGGAAGACAAGUAUUAGUCUUUAACUGUGAUGAGGGCAUUGAUGUGAAGUCGAUGGGACGCAUAUUUGUGGGCUUAGUGAAAUGUGGAGCCUGGGGCUGUUUUGAUGAAUUUAAUAGACUUGAGGAAGCUGUGUUGUCUGCAGUGUCCAUGCAGAUUCAGACUAUUCAACAUGCUUUGAAGAAACAUAGUUCUUCAUGUGAAUUACUUGGCAAAAAGAUUGAAAUGGAUCAUAAUUCUGGAAUUUUUAUCACUAUGAAUCCUGCUGGAAAAGAUUAUGGAGGAAGACAAAAACUGCCUGAUAACCUCAAACAACUUUUUAGGCCAGUUGCUAUGACUCAUCCAGACAAUGAACUUAUUGCAGAAGUGAUUUUGUAUUCAGAAGGCUUUAAGUAUGCUAAAACACUUGGUGGAAAAUUAGUGGCUAUUUUCAAUCUAGCAAGGGAGCUUUUAACACCACAGCAGCACUAUGAUUGGGGUUUACGAGCAUUAAAGACUGUUCUGAGAGGCUGUGGCAGUCUUCUUCGUCAGCUGAAGAGAAGUGCAGAAAAGCAAGAAAUUAAUGAAAGUCAUUUGGUGGUUCAAGCUUUGCGGCUUAAUACCAUGUCAAAGCUUACGUUUGCAGACUGUGCACGAUUUGAUGCACUGGUUAAAGAUGUCUUCCCUGGCAUUGACUUCAAAGAUGUGGAAUAUGCCAAAUUAACUACAGCUUUACAGGAAGCCUUUGAAGAGGCACGCUUGGAAAUUAUAAACACUCAGGUCAAGAAAGCUUUGGAAUUGUAUGAACAACUACGUCAAAGAAUGGGUGUAGUUAUUGUAGGUCCUAGUGGUGCAGGGAAGUCAACGCUUUGGCAGAUGUUAAAGGCAGCACUUGGUAAAACUGGCAAAGUAGUGAAACAGUACACUAUGAAUCCCAAAGCAAUGCCUCGUCAUCAGUUGCUUGGCCAUAUUGACAUGGAUACCAGAGAAUGGUCUGAUGGUGUGCUUACAAAUAGUGCUCGGCAAGUAGUACGAGAACCCCAAGAUACUACUUCUUGGAUAAUUUGUGAUGGUGAUAUUGAUCCUGAAUGGAUUGAAUCCUUGAAUUCUGUUUUGGACGACAAUAGAUUGUUGACUAUGCCUAGUGGAGAAAGAAUUCAAUUUGGCUCAAAUGUCAACUUUAUUUUUGAAACUCAUGACCUUAGCUGUGCAUCUCCUGCUACAAUAUCUCGAAUGGGAAUGAUCUUUCUGAGUGAUGAAGAUACAGAUCUUAAUUCUCUGAUAAAAUCUUGGCUAAGAAGUCAGCCUGAAGAAUGCAGAUACAACCUUGAAAAUUGGAUUGGGGACUACUUUGAAAAGGCUUUAAACUGGGUUGUCAAGCAGAAUGACUUUGUGGUAGAAACAAGUUUAGUUGGAACUGUGAUGAAUGGACUUUCUCACCUUCGUGGCUGUACUGACCGAGGACAGUUUAUCGUUAACUUGCUGCGGGGUCUUGGUGGCAAUCUUAAUAUGAGUUCACGACUAGAAUUUGCAAAGCAGGUCUUCACUUGGGCACAAGAAUCUCCACCAGAUCCAAGGAGGCCCCUGGACACAUAUUAUGACGUGGACAGUGGACAGUUAAUGUUAUAUCGGCUGAAGAAACCUGAAAAUCUAACAGCUGACAACUUCAGUAAUCUGCAAACACUUCCUGUCAUCCAAACCCCUGACAUGCAGAGAGGCUUAGAUUACUUUAGACCCUGGCUAGACUUUAACAAUAAGGAACCAUUUCUUCUUGUGGGUCCUGAAGGAUGUGGAAAGGGGAUGCUGCUUCGUUAUGCAUUUUCUCAACUUCGGUCCACUCAGAUUGCUGCCAUUCACUGCAGUGCACAAACUACCUCUCAACAUCUCAUACAGAAAUUAAGUCAAACUUGCAUUGUAAUAAGUACAAAUACUGGGCGAGUAUUUAGGCCAAAAGACUGUGAAAGACUUGUUUUGUACUUAAAGGAUAUAAAUCUACCCAAACCUGAUAAAUGGGGAACAAGCACUCUCAUUGCUUUUCUGCAGCAGGUUCUGACAUACCAAGGAUUCUAUGACGAAAAUCUGGAGUGGGUUGGUUUAGAAAACAUCCAGAUUGUGGCAUCCAUGACUGCUGGAGGAACAUUAGGAAGGCAUAAACUUACCUCCAGAUUUACUUCUAUUGUUCGUCUUUGUGCAGUUGACUAUCCAGAAAGAGACCAACUGCAAACUAUUUAUAGUGCCUACUUGGAACCUGUACUACAGAAAAACCUGAAGAAUCACCCCGUUUGGGAUUCUUUACCAAAAAUACAUCAGCUAGCAGGAUCUAUGGUUCAAGUAUAUGAGCAGGUACGAGCAAAAUUCACAGUUGAUGAUCAUGGUCAUUACCUUUUUACACCAUGUAUUCUUACUCAGUGGGUUCUUGGUUUAUUCAGAUACAAUUUAUCAGGUGGACCAUCAAAACAAACUGCAGACCAUGUACUGGAAAUAGUUGCUUAUGAAGCAUGUCGUUUGUUCCGUGAUAAAAUCGUUGGCAUGAAGGAUCUCCAUGUAUUUGAUAAUAUUUUGAUGAAAGUGUUUGAAAGUGACUGGGGCUCAGAUGUUCUGGACAAUAUGGAAGAUAUCUUCUAUGUAACUUGGGGAGCUUGUCAAGAGGCAUUCACUACUCCAGGGCAGGCAUUACCACCACAUGGGAAGCCACUUGGCAAGCUAAAUUCAACAGACUUUAUAGAUACUAUUAAAAAGGGUGUUAUUCAUUAUGGUCGAGACAAAAAAGAGAUAGUGAUAUUACUGUUCCAGGAAGUCCUCAAUUAUGUGUCUAGAGUGGACAGAGUACUGAGUUUUCCUGGAGGAUCACUUCUUUUGGCAGGACGGAGUGGUGUAGGUCGUCGAACAGUUACCUCCUUAGUUAGUCAUAUGCAUGGAGCUUUUCUAAUUACUCCCAAAAUUUCCAGAGGCUAUGAGCUGAAGCAGUUCAGAAAUGAUCUUAAGCAUGUGAUGGAGCUUGCUGGCAUUGAAUCACAGCAGGUGGUACUGCUACUUGAAGACUAUCAGUUUAUUCAUCCCACUUUCCUUGAGAUGAUCAACAGUUUACUGUCUUCAGGAGAAGUUCCUGGACUGUAUAAAACAGAAGAAUUAGAACCACUUCUGUCUCCUCUAAAGGAUCAAGCUUCACAAGAUGGAUUUACAGGACCAAUUUUCAACUAUUUCACAUACAGGAUCCAACAGAAUUUGCAUGUUGUCUUGAUCAUGGAUUCCACCAAUAUAAAUUUCACAAUAAAUUGUGAAAGCAAUCCAGCACUGUACAAGAAAUGUCAGGUCUUGUGGAUGGAAACCUGGUCUGAAAACAGUAUGAAAAAGAUACCUGAAAUGCUUUUGUAUGAUGAUAAAGAAGAGAAGACUGAAAAAACACACAAAGAGUUUAAGAAAAAGCAUUCAGGUGAUUCAGAUUUUUGGAAGUCAUUUCUGGUAAUCCACGAAUCAUGUAAAAUAUAUGGAGCAACACCUAGCAGAUAUAUGACAUUCCUUAAUGUAUACAGUUCAAUUAACAACAGUAAAAAAACGGAGCUGAUAAAAAGACAGAACCACUUGCAGGCAGGUGUUUCAAAGCUCAAUGAAGCUAAAGCACUUGUGGAUGAACUGAACAAAAAAGCUGGAGAACAAAGCAUUUUACUCAAAACUAAGCAGGAUGAAGCUGAUGCCGCCCUUCAGGAAAUUACAAUAUCUAUGCAGAGUGCUAGUGAGCAAAAAACAGAGAUGGAAAAAAUAAAACAAAGAAUAGCAGAAGAAGCUGCAGAAAUAGAAGAAAGAAAAAGAAAAAUUGAGGAUGAACUGAAGGAAGUUCAGCCCCUGGUUAAUGAAGCUAAAUUGGCAGUUGGAAAUAUAAAACCAGAGUCAUUGUCAGAAAUUCGGUCCCUUCGGAUGCCCCCUGACAUAAUCAGAGACAUCCUAGAAGGAGUCUUGCGGCUUAUGGGGAUUUUUGAUACAUCAUGGGUGAGCAUGAAGAGUUUCUUGGCCAAAAGAGGAGUGAAGGAGGACAUUGCAACCUUUGAUGCCCGUAACAUUCCAAAAGAAAUACGAGAGAGCGUUGAAGAACUUCUUUCAAGAAACAGAACAUCUUUUGAUCCUAAAAAUGCUAAACGAGCCAGUGCUGCAGCUGCUCCAUUGGCUGCUUGGGUAACUGCUAAUGUCCAGUAUUCCCAUGUUCUGGAACGAAUUCAACCUUUGGAAAAAGAAAAGGCAGUCUUGGAAGCUAAUCUCAAGAAAACUGAAGGCAGAAAACGGAAGUUGGAAGAUCUUCUGAACUCUGUUGGUCAAAAAGUAUCCGAACUGAAAGAUAAGUUUCAGAGUAGAACAACAGAAGCAGCCAAACUUGAAGCAGAAUUAAGUAAAGCUCAGAAUACGUUGAAAGCUGCAGAAGUACUGAUUAGUCAACUUGAUAGAGAACACAAAAGAUGGAACGCCCAGGUGUCAGAGAUAAGAGAUGAACUGGCCACAUUGCCUAAAAGAGCUCAGUUAGCAGCUGCAUUUAUUACUUAUCUUUCUGCUGCUCCAGAGGAUCAAAGGAAAAUGAGACUGGAUGAAUGGACCAAAUCAGCAGGCCUUGAAAAGUUUGAUUUACGGAGGUUCCUGUGUACAGAAAGUGAGGAGUUAGUUUGGAAAAGUGAAGGCUUACCUUCAGAUGACCUUUCAAUAGAAAAUGCUCUUGUUAUCUUGCAGAGUAAAGUUUGCCCAUUUUUGAUUGACCCUUCAUUCCGGGCUACGGAAUGGUUGAAGACACAUUUGAAGGAAUCACGUUUGGAAGUUGUUAACCAGCAGGACACCAACUUCCUAACGACCCUUGAACUGGCAGUGAGGUUUGGGAAAACUCUUAUUAUACAGGAAAUGGAUGGAAUGGAACCUGUACUUUACCCAUUGCUAAGAAGAGAUCUUGUUGUCCAAGGUAAGUGACUAAAGUCUUUAAAA